UUAUGAUGAUAAUUUCUUCUGUGAAUUAUGCAGAUUGUGAUAUCAAAAUGGACCCUUUUUUUACGUCUUCUCAACAUUAAUUACCCCUAAUUUCCCAUAUUUUCUGUAAAAGUUUGUGAAUUUUAGAUGGACUUGUCCUCUAACUGUAAGCUUUCGAGGUUAUUCAGUUGCCAUUUCACUUCUUUAACAUGCAAAUGUUGUCUUGCUUUGGUCACUAUGGCUCUGUUUAUCAGAGCUGUUUUUCUCCAUUCAUUUCCUGGCUAUGGUGUGAUUGAAUGGAACAACCUAGACUUGAUUCUAAGCCCUUCUUUAUUGCUGGAAUAUGAUGAUGGGAUUCGUAGAGAUAAGUUCUUGGAAGUUCCUCAAAUUGUGUGGGGACUAAAUAAUCAGAAGAUAGCACUUGCAAGAGCUUGUCUAACUGCUAGAAUGCUGAACCGAACACUUUUGAUGCCUAGAUUAAGUGCUUCACUUUUCUACAAGGAAAUCGAUCGCCUGCAGCCUAUUUCGUUCGAUAAAGUCUUCCGAUUCGAAAGGUUUAAUUCACUUUGUAAUAGGUUUGUGCGGUUAGGUCGGUAUUCGGAACUUAGGAAUCAAACGGGCAUACAUGAUCUUCGGAAGGGAAGUGGAAGAAGGUGGACAGCUGAGAGAGACUUGGAGCAGCUGAAGGAAAGCAGCCGAGGUUUUGUCGAUGAGUACGAAGUGAUUAGAAUAGUUGGAAAGAAUCCGUUUCUUUGGCAUGAUCAUUGGCCCGUUAAGGACUAUGUGAGGGUCUUUGAGUGCCUUGUUUUGGUUGAUGAGAUUGUCAAAGAAGCGGAUAAAAUCGUGUCCAAGAUUAGGCAGAUCGGGAGAAAGCUUAGGAGUGAAGCCGAGACGGUAGAGAACAAUUUCGACACACAGGGUUCUUCACUGCGACACGUUCCUUAUGUGGCAAUCCAUAUGAGGGUAGAAAUAGAUUGGAUGAUUCAUUGUAAGAACUUAGAGGAAAGAUCAGGGAUAAACCAAAUUUGUAGUAGCAAGCAAGAGAUUAUGCAAAGAGUGGGGAACAUUGUGGGAUUAGAAUCUCCCACUGUUGCUUAUCUUGCUGUUGCUGAUAGCCUCCUUAAUGAUUCUUCAAUACUGGAUGGUUGGAAGAAAGGAUUGCUUCCUUUCGAGAAGAAGAAACUAAGGGUCGACGGAAUCUACAAGAAGCAUCCAUAUCUGAUUCAGUCAGCAAUCGACUAUGAGGUGUGCUCAAGAGCUGAUAUAUUUGUAGGCAACAGUUUCUCCACUUUUUCUAGCCUCAUUGUUCUUGAGAGAACACAAAGGAUGAUCAGAAUGGGCAUCACAAGCUUGUGCGGCGUCGAUGUUCGAUGGCCAUCUUAUGCAUAUAAUAUACCAGGGGAAUCGGAUGGUCCUCGGAAAUGGAUGACUAAUAUGUCUGAUUCGAGUCUCAAAGCAAUUAGUUAUGGUUCUAAUGCUAUCUCAUGUUGAAGUUUCUGAAUAAAAUUCAACCGGCAGGGUGCGUAUACAGUUCAUACUGAAAUAUAUACAGCUUCAUUUUGGUAGAUUUGGUUUUUUCC